AUGCUCUUGUCCUUUCCGGGCGAACUGUUGCUAAAUAUGCUGCGAAUGAUCAUCCUUCCACUGGUCAUAGCCAGUCUCAUUACAGCCGUAGCAGGACUGAACGCUGCAGAAGCGGGUAAAAUUGGUCGCCGAACAUUAAUUUACUAUUUGUCAACCAUGGUCCUGGCAGCGCUUUUAGGUGUGUUAUUGGCUUUGACCAUUAAGCCUGGCAAAGAAGAUAAGCCUGGAAAGGGUGGACCGUCUUUCAAGAAAAUGGAAUAUAGAAACUUGGAUUCUAUUCUGGACGUGAUAAGGUAUGCUAAAUCCAUAUUAUAAUAAAAGAGAGGAAAUGAACCGUGAAUUCAACAUUUAAGCCUUGCGAUAACUUGCAGGUUAUUUUUUUUUCGGUGCCGUUGUUUCAGCGCUGCAGUAUUUCGCUGCUACAAACUGCGUCACUUGAGCUGCAUUUUAGCUAGUGAUAGUUUAUUAGGAGGAUUAUCUAAGGGACAUUAGAUAGUUUCGAGCGGGAAAGCAAACAUCCGAGGCCUAAUACAUCAGAACUUUGCCUAUCAGGGAAUCAAUAAAUUUGCUGUUACUGAAGUUAUUUGUACAUUACUAGACUGUAUUUAGAUAAUAUUUUGCCCAGUGUCAUGGGCAGUAUAUUUUAUUUAGUGCAGCGCAUCGUAUCUUUUUUACAUUAGUGAUAAUGGUGUUAUAUAAAUAAAAUUCAAGAUCUUACCACAUCUCUCUCUUUUUCUUUUAGAAACUGUUUUCCCAGUAAUUUAAUCGAGGCCACUGUAAAGCAGGUAUGUACAUGCAUGUGUGUCCAUAACGUAUGCUAGACAAAGAAGAUUGCAAACUCGAUCGAGUUUUCCCCGACUCUUUGAGCUUAAUUAAGAGAAAAAUGUUCGAACAGUCUGCGUGUAUAAGAAAAUAUACUGAACAGUACCUACACUGUAUAUCCGUAACAGAGUAUCACAAAAUCACGUGCUUUGAAUUAGAAAAAGCCAUUAAGGCCUGGGGUUGGAUUUCUCUUGGGUCUUAACUCCCAUAAAGAUAAUUAUCUGUGAAGGCUUUUUAAUUACCAUUUCAUUUCUUUCACUAUCUUCAGAGAAAAACGAAGUAUCUUGCUACACCGGCAAAGUAUGAAAUGUACAAUGUUACAGGCUCCAACUUAACCCUUGCCUCAAUGAGAAAAUUACUUCAACAUUUCAUAAUGGUUCAGAAAUAA